AUGGAAUAUUACGACGAACGUCAGGAAACCAUCAAGAACGAGAACAGACGUGCGAGUAUCAUGAUGGAACGACAAGCACAUCACGGAGUAGUAGUGAAUCAGCCACGCCAGUCCAUCGUGUCCAUGUCCAGCACGGGCACGUCCCAGCCCCCGGGGGGCGGGAUGGGCAUGAUGGGCGCCAUGAUGGGUGGGGGAGGGGCCGGAGGGGCGGACCCUAUGAUGGAUAUGAUGAGACUCAUUAGGGCCAAAAAGGUAGGACAAAGACUUCGCCGGAAGUCCGUCAAUCCAAAACUUGACCCUCCUCCUGGACUGGAGGGAAUCAACGACAAGGGCUUCGUUUAUGUCCGACAACAGCUGGACAUGGACCUCAAAGGCGGUUGUGGGUCCUCUAACACGUACAAAAUAUGGGACGAGACAGAGGACGAGCUCUUCUACGUCAUUGAAGGUAUGUAUCACCAUCGUGCCAUCACAUAA